GAAACUGAGAGCAAAAGGCAACUGAAGGGAUAUAUAACUGUCACUUAGUUAGACUGCUUUGAAGAAGCAAUGGAGGGGUUCAGACACCUUUCGUAGUCUUGUGAUUUUCCACAUCUUAUGACAAUACCGCUCUGGUCAAUUCAAGAAGGUGGGGCAGGAAGCACACAAACUAAAAGCUUUCAUAAAGAGGAAGAGACAUUCUUGGCUUGUUGACUGGAGCAGGGUAGCUGCCUGCCUGAGGACUAACAGACUCAUCAGAGGACUCUGUUGGAAGGUUGCCCAACAAAAUAGAGAACACAGCCAUUCUUCUAAAUCCCAAACCUCAUCACAGUCUCACUGUGUAUGUGUCAACGGAGGAGAGAACAGAGAGGACUGUUGGAGAGAGAACCAGAGGAGGAUGAAGUCUAUCAAAUUAGAUCAGUCGGCUACAGUCGAUGAUCUUACGGAGGCCUGCAUCAAAGCAUUUGAUUAUGAAGGCAGGUUGAAUGAUGAGUCUCUGGUCCGGAUGUUUCUCAUGAUGCAUCCAUGGUACCUCUCCUCUGCUGACCUGGCCAAGAAACUCUCCAGCAAGUCGCUGGAGGAAAACUGUCUGCCUGAACUCAGGUCACAAAUCUGCCAUCUUAUCAAGUACUGGAUCAACGAGUUCCCAGCAGAGUUUGACCUGAACCCAGAGCUGGCAGAGCAGAUCAGAAGGCUGAAGGAGCAGCUGGCUCAGCAGGGAGAGGAGCACCAGAGCACACUCAUCAACGUUGACAGUGUGCCGUCAUAUGAGUGGAGUAGGCAGGUGAGCCAACCAGCUCAGUCUGAUUUCAAGAAGAGGAAGACGUCUCUCCUCUUUGAUCACCUGGACUCAUCUGAACUAGCAGAGCACCUCACCUACAUGGAGUAUAAGUCAUUCUGUAGGAUACUGUUCCAGGACUACCACAGCUUUGUGAUGCAUGGCUGCACAGUGGAUAACCCCAUCCUGGAGCGCUUCAUCACCCUCUUCAACAGCGUGUCUCAGUGGAUCCAGCUGAUGGUGCUCAGCAAGCCCACCGCCCCCCAGAGGGCUGCAGUCAUCUCCCACUUUAUUAGGGUCGCACAGAGGUUGUUACAGCUGCAGAACUUCAACACUCUGAUGGCAGUGGUGGGGGGUCUCAGUAACAGCUCCAUCUCACGCCUCAAAGACACACAGUCACACAUCAGCAACGAUGUGAGCAAGGUUUUCAACAACCUGGUGGAGCUUGUGACAUCCUGUGGGAACUAUAGCCAGUACCGCCAGCGCUUCUCAGAGAGCACAGGCUUCCGUUUCCCCAUCCUGGGUGUGCACCUCAAGGACCUGAUUGCUGUGCACGUAGCCCUGCCCGACUGGAGUGACCGGGAGAAGACGCAGGUCAACCUGGCCAAGACCCAACAGCUGUAUGCCAUCCUCCAGGAGCUUGCGCUGAUCCAGACCAUGCCACCCAGCGUUGAUGCCAACAUGGACCUGCUCAACCUGCUCAUGGUGUCUCUGGACCAGUAUCACUCAGAGGAAGAGAUCUAUCAGCUGUCCCUGCAGAGGGAGCCCCGCACAGCCAGGCCAUUGUCUACCCCAAGCCCACCUAUGAUUGAAGAGUGGGCAUCUUCAGUGAAGCCCAAAGCUGACCCCACCAUCAUCAGUAAACACAUACAGAAGAUGGUAGAGUCUGUGUUUAAGAAUUUCGACACUGAUGGAGACGGCUACGUCACUCAGGAGGAAUUUGAGAUCAUUAGGACUAACUUCCCAUACCUCUGCAAGUUUGACGACCUGGAUAAGAAUCAGGACGGCAGAAUCAGUCAGGAGGAGAUGAUCGACUACUUCACCAAGGCCAGCUCUUUACUGAACAGCAAGAUGGGGUUCAUCCACACAUUUUCAGAGAAGACCUGCAUGAAGCCUAUGCUUUGCCAUCACUGUAAAGGCAUCAUGUGGGGAUUUUACAAACAAAGAUACAAGUGUAAAGCCUGUGGGGUGAGCUGCCACAAAGAUUGUCGCAGCCGCCUUGCUGUGGAGUGCCGCAAACGAACACAGAGCACCUGUCACGAAUACCAUUCUCCCCAACACUCCCGUUCCUUCAGUUUGCCUGCUAUAGCUCAGCCGUUACACACUGUACAACAUACAGUCAUUACAGAGGAAGCUCCUGACUCCCCGGGGGAUGAAGUGUUUGAUGUCCACCUUUGAGGAGAAUAAAGACCAACACUGAGGACAAAAGCAACAAUGACAGCCCAUGUUCCAUGCAGCAACAGCACUCUGAAGAUCUCAGUGUGAUGGAAACGUUAUGCUCCUGUUUGAAGAUACAACGCAUCUUAGGAACAUUCCAAUUUUCCAGUUUAAGGAUUUUUUAAAUUCAUCCUUCAUCUGAUUGAUUCAUCCUUCAUCUGAUAGAUUGAUCCUUUUCUGAUGGAUUCAUCCUUGAUUCAUCCUUCAACAUCAUAUUAUUUGCUCACAGCUUUCACAGUAGGUAAACCUACAGUAUAUGCAUAUCCCUGUGUGUAUUUGUAUGUGGUUCAUGACUGCAGAAGAUUGCUUCUCCACUAGAUGAGGCUGUUUGUGUGUGACAACACUGGAUAGUGUAGGCUACCACUGUCUUUUUACGUUCCCUGUUUUUAGUGUUGCCCUGUUUGUGUGGUCUAGUUGAGUAGGAAAAAUGUGGGAGUGGAUUGUUAAUGACAAGAUCAAUUGAUGUUAUUUCCUCAACUAGACAAUCCUGUGGUACUAUUUAAAAGACAGACAUACUGUAAUUAUUUUAAAAUAUAAAAUUAUAAAUAUAGUAAUAUCAUACUACAGAAACCACUCCACAGGUUUCUUCUACCUUCAUACAUAUGGGCUUCAGUGACACUGUAAAAUGGGAGAGCAGCACAAAUACAGGCUACAUUUUGAAAUAUAUUCAAAACUGAUCAAAAAUGAUGAAUGUGGUGAGAUGUAAAAAAAUAUUGUGAUUUAUCCUAAAUAAAUGUUAUGCAGUUAUCAAAUCUGAAACUCAGUUUAAAUGCCUAAUUUCCACUUUCAAACAGAUUCCAAUUUAAAGCAUUUUGUUUCAAUGAACUUUUGUAGAUACUGUGAGAUUAAAAGAUAUUGAUCAUGUUGGAGGCAGGUAAUCUGGUGGUACCCAAAAGGUAGCUGGUUCAAAUCCCUGAAAUGAAUCGGUGAAAGCUCUUUCCAUCUGCCCCUAAUUGCUCCUGUAAGUCACUCUGGAUAAUAGCGUCUGCAAAAUGAAGUAAAUGUUUGUGCUGUCCUUAUCUGAACCACUCAUUUUGCAAACUCACAGCCUUCAGGUGUUGAUGACUCCUGCCAACUUAAACUGUGGUAGGCUACCUGGGUCCAGCUGAGGAUUUGUCACCAUAGUAACUCCACACCGGGUAUCCUGUGGGCUGUUACUGGUCUGUGACAACUGAAGCCAUCUCAAAAGGGCUAGUCCUGUUCCUAUUGUGGUAACGUUCCCUAUAGUGGAGAGUGGAGUUAGUUGAGCCAAAGGGUUAAGUUGAGCCACCCUUGUUUCUAGGAAACCAUAUUGUGAUGAUCCUCCUCAUGUCCACUGUCACCUAAUCUAAAGCUAGGCUUUAGUCUCAAUAAUCAGACAUUGCAAACGGUUAAUGAUUUAUAAGAAACACAUUUAUUAAUUGUAAUUGUGUGGUUAGCGAUGCUUUUUCGAUUGAUGAUCAUCUGUGAAAGAGAGAAGAAACUUGUGUUAGAGUUUAUUGACGUGUGCUAUAUAAACACGUCUAUGAACUGAACAUGUUGUAUUGUAUUUAAUGUAUUGUGAAUGUUUAAUUGAUCAUUGUGUCAGGUCUUCCUCCCAUUGGCUGAUGCAUUGUGGGUAUGUGUACUUAAAUCAUGUCGUUGUUUGUUGGCAAACUGCUGGGUUUUGGUUGAAGAUUGUGUCAUGGCGUUGCCCUCUUUGGAUACAGCAAGCCCCAUCCCCCUCUCCCUGUCUCCUACACCCAGGCUGCUGUGGUCAGAGAGAGGUCAUAAAUUCCUGGAGGAGAUUAUCUACUCAUGGCCACAGUAUAGAGAGAGAGUAGAGUUUUCAUAGAAGAGACCGGUGAAGAAUCCAGCUACGAACUGGUCCGUUUGGUACAUUAAGAGCCUCAGAUAUGAGGUUUACAUCUAAUUGUUGUAUUAGAUGAAUGAGUGAGGAUGAUACUGUUUGUAAAAUUGUGUAUUGUGAUUAUGGACUGUUUAAUGAAGGAAACUCCAAUUCCCUUUGGAGUUUAACUAAAUCAGAGGACCGCCCAUGAGCCCAGUUCGGACCUGGCGUCAUGAGACAGCUUUUUCUGCUCUUCUGAAUAUAACCCCCAUGUUUCCCUCAAUUACGAGAGGACAAAGGUUGAGACCAGCUUACCUCGAUAACGAGAGGGCCAAGGUUUGAGUAGAUGGCUGAAUCUUUUAACCAUGCCAAGUCGUUAAACUCUUAGACUAUCGAUACCGACAGAAUAAGAACAAGUCUUUGAUAUUAAUUACUAGUCUGCAGCUAGGAAUUCGGUAUCAUUGAACGCGAAGUCAGACAACCGCUGAAACAUCUAUCCAUAACGACAUGAAUGAAUCUCACUCUGAACUAUCCAUUCUAACCACGACAGAGAUGGCGGACAAACUCUCCAACAGAAACAAACUUUUCAAAGAUCCCGAUGACACCCUGAGCGUAAAUAUAUAUACUGAUUGCAAUUGUUCCCGAAUGAGUGAGCGUUCAUGUGCAAAGGAUUAGCAUUUCAUUUGUUAUAAUUAUCAACUGUGUGUUGGCUUAUCUCAGUCGACACCCAACUUCCCUUUGGUACACCAAGCCGCGAUGCCGGUUUAUCCCACUAGGGAAACUCCGUUAUCAUCUCCUUGUAACUAUCUACUGUUUGUUUAUGUAUUUCUGUGAAUUACUUAGUUAGUAAAUUAAUGAUUUAAGACAAUUGAUGUAUGGAUGACUCAUAGUGAAGACUGGGUUCGUGCAGAUAACCAACAAUUUACGACGUUUGGAAGGAGACUAACGUGAGGUAAAAUAAAGAAUAAGUCAUUCAUCAGAAGACUAAUUGAUCAGAUAUUAAAAUAUCUGAAAAUGUAUAUUAGGAAAAUUAUAACUUUGUAAUCUGAAUAUUUUCCUUGGUGCCCCGACUUCCUAGUUUAUUCCAUUUGCCUGAAUAGUUAAUCACGAAAUGCUAAUUACGGAGAAUCUUUGAUAAAAACUAAAAGUAUUCAGUUAAUGAUAGUAAAGACACGACAAGUGCUAUUCGUGUAUAUCCUUUUGUUGCCAUGACCAAUUUGUUUGUUUUGUAAAUACUUGUACAGUUUUCGGUGGCUAUUUAUCUUCAUUCAUGUUUGCUAAUAAAAGUUUGGAUUUGAUGAGUCAGAUCCAGACA